UAGUGGCAGUCCCCGCCGCCCAGCCGGCUCCCUUUCAGUUUCUGGUCUCUCCCAAGCCCAUGUGGCCGGGCUGCCGGGAAGGAGACGCCUUCCUGAGUCCCAGCCCUUUUUUCCAACUGGGGAGAUUCUACUACGGGUCUUCACUGGUUGGAAUAAAAGCAGCCGCCCGCCAUGGACCUCAUCGGGCUGCUGAAGUCUCAGUUCCUGUGCCACCUCGUCUUCUGCUACGUGUUCAUCGCCUCGGGGCUAAUAAUCAACACCAUUCAGCUCUUCUCCCUCGUCCUCUGGCCAAUCAACAAGCAGCUCUUCCGGAAGCUCAACUGCCGGCUGUCUUACUGCAUCUCCAGCCAGCUGGUCAUGCUGCUGGAGUGGUGGUCGGGCACGGAGUGCAUCAUCCACACGGACCCCCAGGCCUACCCCAAGUUUGGGAAGGAAAACGCCAUUGUGGUUCUGAACCACAAGUUUGAGAUUGACUUUCUCUGCGGUUGGAGCCUGGCCGAACGCUUCGGGGUUUUGGGGGGCUCCAAGGUCCUGGCCAAGAAGGAGCUGGCCUACGUCCCCAUCAUCGGCUGGAUGUGGUACUUCACAGAGAUGGUCUUCUGCACGCGCAAGUGGGAGCAGGACCGCAAGACCGUCUCACGGAGCCUGCUGCACCUCCGGGACUACCCCGAGAAGUACUUCUUCCUGAUUCACUGCGAGGGCACGCGGUUCACGGAGAAGAAGCACCAGAUCAGCAUGCAGGUGGCCCAGGCCAAGGGGCUGCCCAGCCUCAAGCACCACCUGCUGCCGCGCACCAAGGGCUUCGCCGUCACCGUGAGGAGCCUGAGAAACGUAGUUUCAGCUGUAUAUGACUGUACACUCAAUUUCAGAAAUAACGAAAACCCAACCCUGCUGGGAGUCCUGAACGGAAAGAAAUACCACGCAGAUUUAUACGUCAGGCGGAUCCCUCUAGAAGAAGUCCCAGAAGACGAGGACGAGUGUGCGGCCUGGCUCCACAAGCUCUACCAGGAGAAGGACGCCUUCCAGGAGGAGUACUACAGGACGGGCUCCUUCCCCGAGACGCCCAUGGUGCCCCCUCGGCGGCCCUGGACACUGCUCAACUGGCUGUUCUGGGCCUCGCUGCUGCUCUACCCUUUCUUCCGCUUCCUGGUCAACAUGGUCAGUAGCGGGUCUUCCCUGACGCUGGCCAGCUUUGUCCUCGUCUUCUUUGUGGCUUCCAUGGGGGUCCGAUGGAUGAUUGGCGUGACGGAGAUUGACAAGGGCUCUGCCUACGGCGACGUGGACAGCAAGCAGAAGCAGAACGACUGACUCAGGACACGUCCCGCCCAGAGGGGACCUUGGGGAACUGGUGGACGCUGCCUGUCUUCCUUGGUGGGACCCAGUGACGAUGCUGGGAGAGCCCCUGCUGGGGGGCAGGGGGUCUUGUCUCAACGCCGCCGGCUGGGGCUGGAGAUGGGCUUAAAUCUCUUCUUCCCCACAUGCUUUCGUGGGCUCCGGUUCUUUCUGUGCGUGUGUGUGCGUGU